UUCAUCUAGAAAGAUUUUUGCGAAUAACACUUGUAGUGAAAUAGUUGCAUAAAAAGCAUAAUCCAGUUUACGGUGCUGUAGUGAGUAGUGGAUUCCAAAGAUUUUGCUGGAGGCUAGCGGAACUCGAAAGGGCGUCACGGAGAUUUUAGUUCGGAACAAAAGUUGGAGCAAAAUGGGUGUGAAAGAGAUGAACGAUUUACCGCGCAAUCUGAAGCUGUCCGGCCAUGUUGGGUUCGACAGCAUGCCGGAUCAGCUGGUCAGCAAGAGCGUCCAGAAUGGGUUCGUGUUCAACAUCCUGUGCAUCGGUGAGACCGGUCUCGGCAAGUCCACCCUGAUGGACUCGUUGUUCAACACGAACUUCGAAUCCCAGCCGAGUCCACACUCGCUGCCCAUCGUGAAACUGAAGGCGCACACCUACGAACUGCAGGAAAGCAUGGUUCGAUUGAAGCUGACAAUCUGCGACACCGUUGGUUACGGCGAUCAAAUUAAUAAAGAUGAUUCGUUCAAAGCCGUAGUGGACUAUAUCGAUCAGCAAUUCGAAACAUUUUUGCAGGAGGAGCUUAAGAUUAAGCGUUCCCUUUCCACAUACCAUGACAGUCGCACCCAUGUUUGCCUCUACUUCAUCUGUCCAACGGGACACGGUCUCAAGUCGUUGGAUUUAGUAUGUAUGAAGAAACUGGAUUCCAAAGUCAACAUAAUUCCAAUUAUUGCCAAAGCGGACACAAUUUCCAAGACGGAAUUGUCCAAGUUCAAAGCUAAAAUUAACGAAGAGCUCCGUAACAAUGGGGUUCAGAUUUACCAAUUUCCCACCGAUGAUGAAUCGGUGGCGGAGAUUAAUUCGACAAUGAAUUCGCACAUUCCGUUCGCUGUAGUGGGAAGCACAGAUUUUGUUCGCGUUGGCAACAAGACGGUUCGUGCCCGUCAGUAUCCAUGGGGAACUGUCCAGGUGGAGAAUGAGGCCCACUGCGAUUUUGUGAAGCUGCGUGAAAUGUUGAUCCGCACCAAUAUGGAAGAUAUGCGUGAGAAGACCCACACGAAACACUACGAGCUGUACCGUCAGAAGCGACUCGAACAGAUGGGCUUCACGGAUGUGGAUAGCGAUAAUAAGCCGGUAUCUUUCCAGCAAACGUUCGAGGCUAAACGAAGCAAUCAUCUUGCGGAACUUCAGGCUAAGGAAGAUGAGGUGCGACAAAUGUUUGUUGUGCGCGUUAAGGAGAAGGAAUCUGAACUAAAAGAUAGUGAAAAAGAGCUCCAUGCCAAAUUCGAUAAAUUGAAAAAAGACCAUGCUGAGGACAAACGUAAACUGGAGGAAUCCCGUAAGAAACUCGAGGAAGAGUUUGUCGAAUUCAAUAGACGUAAAUCUCAGAUGGCCGCUUCCCAUCACACUCUCACUCUUGGUAAGAGUAAAAAGAAAUGAAACAUGUAGAUAUCCAGAAGUACGACGCCCUAGGCUUUAGACCGAGGGCGUUAUUUUAAUUCAUCGCACUCUGCUAUGCAUCGUCAAACAUUUCACUUGAAAAUGUGAGAUGAAACCACUGCUGCUGCUGCUUCAUCGCGAUUUCCAGACAGAGAGCCAAUAUUAGAGUUCCAUAUUUUUAAUGGGCAGUCCAACUGACGCUAGAGAAAGCAAAAUCAAAUCGUUCGGUUUUAUUGGAUUCGUUCUCUCCAGUCCUUUAUACAAGGUUUUUAAACUGUAGCCUCUCAAAAUUUUGGCAAACACCUAGAUCAAAACAAAAUUAGCUGAAUACAGAAACAUUUCCGCUUUUGUAAUUAUUAAUGGCACAGCUAAAACACACUGUCCAAUCUCACCAAAGUUGUUCCAGGUGAAAUUGUGUACAUUCGUGUGAUAAAAUAAUACAUUUAUGAUUGUAGCUCAAGAGAAAACUUGGUUGGAAUUAGGCGGAUCAUUUUAGGUACAAUAGCAAUAGUGAUAGCUAAAAUUGAAAAUCCUGAUCACCAGAUGAAUAUAAAUAGGUAUCUCCAAAGUAUAAACACUGCGCCCUCCAGCAGUAAGCACAACAGUAACUAACAUAUUCCACAGUUUACAUCCAACUUACUGUCUGAGAUAAGAUCUUCUAUAUUUUAAUGAUUAUUCCUUCGAGUAUGACGUUUAGAUUUUACGCAGUCCUAAUUAGUUUCGAACAAUAUUAUCGUACAAAAUGAAGAUUUCUAAUUGUGUUUACGGAAGCGUAUAGUUACGAUUGUGUUAAACAAAAAUUGCGCGCAGCAUUAUGGAAAAAACAAUAUUUUUCGAUCGAUAAAAUAUAGUAAUUUAACAUUAAUUAAUAGUCGUAAUAAAAUUUCCUUAUACACUUUAA